AUGACUUCUGUGCCUGGCACAUUCAGGAUCGUCUCUGAGGAGGAGCAGGCCCUGCGUCUGAAACUUGAGCGGUUGACCACCAAGGACCACGGCCCCGUCUUCGGGAAAUGCCAGAGUAUCCCUGCGCACACCUUGCAAAAGGCCAAAGAUGAGCUGAAUGAGACACUAGAGAAGCGGGAAUCCGCUGUGAAAGAGCUGCGGGACCUGAUCCGGGAGAGAGCCGACGGAGGAGAAGGCAUUUGCAAAGCGGUGGCUGAGAAGGUGACGGGGAGAGACGAUGCCUUCUUCCUGUGCUUCAUCCGGGCCCGCAAGUUUGAUGUCUCUAGGGCUUAUGAUCUGCUUAAAGGCUACGUCAGCUUCCGCCAGCAGUACCCAGAGCUUUUCGAGAACCUGACGCCGGAAGCCGUGCGUAGCACCAUCGAGGCUGGCUACCCGGGCAUUUUGUCUAACAGGGAUAAGUACGGCCGGGUGGUGCUGCUGUUCAACAUCGAGAGCUGGGACUACGAAGAGGUCACCUUCGACGAGAUCCUCCGCGCCUACUGCGUGAUCCUCGAGAGGCUGCUGAAGAACGAUGAGACCCAGAUCAACGGCUUCUGCAUCAUCGAAAACUUCAAGGGCUUCACGGUUCAGCAGGCUUCGGGCAUCAAGCCUUCAGAACUGAAGAAGAUGGUGGAUAUGCUGCAGGACUCCUUCCCGGCUCGUUUCAAGGCCGUCCACUUCAUCCACCAGCCCUGGUACUUCACGACAACCUACAAUGUGGUCAAACCUUUCCUGAAGAACAAGCUGCUGGAAAGGGUCUUUGUCCACGGCGAGGAACUGGAAUCUUUCUACCAAGAGAUUGAUGCCGAUAUCCUGCCAGCGGACUUCGGGGGCAACCUGCCGAAAUAUGACGGCAAAGACAUAGCGGAGAAACUUUUUGGGCCCCGGGUGGAGGGUGAGGACACGGCUCUCUGA